GGGGUGGAGAAUUCUGGCAAGGGGGGCUUUUCGGCACAACACCGGAAUGUUUUUAUAGUUUCUUAUUUAAUACCCCGUCCAGCUGGUGGCGGUAAUGCACCGUUAACUUUGGAUGCCAACCGCGGUUAAACCUUAAACCCCAUCGAAGAAGAAGUAGACCGCUCCAGCCCAAGUUACACCACCCCAUUCCCGAAAAUGGAUCGCUCCUACAGACAGUGAGUCACGUGGCCUGCUGUAUAAAGCAGGCAGGCAGGCAAGCAACCAGCUAUACUGCUCGAUUGAACGUAAUAAUGGGUAAAACGAGUGACCUAAGGGACUUUGAGCGUGGUAUGAUCGUAGGUGCCAGGCGCGCCGGAUCAAGUGUCUCAGAAACGGCCGCCCUCCUGGGCUUUUCACGCACGACAGUUUCUAGAGUUUACCGAGAAUGGUGUGACAAACAAAAAACAUCCAGUCAGCGGCAGUCGUGUGGGCGAAAACAACUAGUUGAUGAGAGAGGUAGAAUGAGAAUGGAAAGAAUCGUGAAAGCUAACAGGCGGGCCACAAACAGACAAAUAACAGCGCAGUACAACAGUGGUGCGCAGAACGGCAUCUCGGAACGCACAACUCGUCGAUCCUUGUCACGGAUGGGCUACAGCAGCAGACGACCACGUCGUGCAAAUGAGGAGUGGAAAAACAUCGCCUGUGUAGAUACGGUACGGGAACUUGUCCUUGACAACUGUAGCUCAAAUGAAGGAAAAAUCGAAGGCCUCACAGCAGAAUUUGUCAGUCUGGAAUUCCUCAGUUUGAUAAACGUUGGUUUAAUCUCUGCCUGCAACCUUCCCAAACUUGAGAAACUCAAGAAGUUGGAACUCAGUGACAACAGAAUCUCUGGUGGCCUUGACGUGCUAGCAGAGAAACUCCCCAACCUCACACAUCUAAAUCUAAGCGGAAACAAACUGAAAGACAUCAGCACGUUGGAACCUUUGAAAAAGCUGGACAGCCUGAAGUCUCUAGACUUGUUCAACUGUGAGGUGACCAACCUGAACGACUACAGGGAGAGUGUGUUCAAGCUGCUCCCUCAGCUCACCUACCUGGACGGGUACGACGUGGAGGACCGGGAGGCAUCUGACUCGGACAGAGAGGUGGCCGGUGACAAUGAUGAGGAAGGGAAUGAGGAUGGAAAGGAGGAACACUUUGACAAGGACUGUGAUGAAGAGGGAGUAGUAGAGGAGGAGGAAGACCUCGGCAUUGAUGAUGAAGUUGACGAUGAAGAUGAAGUCAAGGCUGUCCAAGGAGAGAAGAGAAAGCGAGAGCCUGACGACGAUGACGAUUAAGAGCAAAAAACGAAAGCAUAGCGUUACCAACUCCUUCCCUCUCCAAUAGUAGUUACAUAGGAUGAGCCUUGACUAGAAUACAGUAUAUACAUAUGAAGUGGGUAAAACGGUAUGUAAACAUUAUUAAAGUGACCAGUGUUGAAAGACUAUGUUCAUAGCGCAGCAGUCUCUAAGGUGCAGGGUUGAGUAUCGGGUGGUAGCCGGCUAGUAACAGUGACUAAGUUCAGGGCAGGGUACUAGGCGGAGGCCAGCUAGUGGUGACUGAGUAACAGUCUGAUGGUUUGGAGAUGGAAGUUGUUUUUCAGUCUCUCGUUCCCAGCUUUGAUGCACCUGUACUGUCUUCGCCUUCUAGAUGUUAGCGGGUUGAACAGGCCGUGGCUCGGGUCCUUGAUGAUCUUCUUGGCCUGUGACACCGGGUGCUGUAAAUGUCCUGGAGGGUAGACCGUGUGCCCCCUGGUGAUGCGUUGGGCUAACCUCAUCACCCUCUGGAGAGCCUUGCGGUUGCGAACUGUGCAAUUGCCAUACCAGGCGGUGAUGCAGUCGGACAGGAUGCUCUCAAUGGUGCAUCUGUAGAAGUUUGAGGGUAUUAGGGGUCAAACCAAAUUAUUUCUGCCUUGUCAUACGUUUUUUUCGUACUGAGCACAGCCCUGGAGAUUUCUACUCCCAAACAAAUGAAAAUAAAAUGGUGAUACCAUUAAAAUAUCAUUUUUCCCAUCCAAAAAUGAGCCAAACAAUAUAUUGGUCCAUAUUAUCAUGCUGGUGUUAUUUGGCAAUAAGCAUCAUCACCCCCCCCCCCCCCCCAUGCCUCCUCACCUCCCUCAAUUGAACAAACUGCUAUUAUUGUUACACACAAAUGGUAUAGGAAUACCUUCCAUAUUGAACUAAAGGAGAAAAUUGGCUUACUGCUGUGCCAUUUCUAUCAAUAAGGCAAUGGGAUGGGACAAUUUCAUGAGUGCUUUCACCCCAUAAAUGAGGAGAGGUUGCUGCUGCUGGUCAGUCUGAGACUGGCAGGCUGCUCAUGUUUAAGGGAAGGGCUACUUUAAAAAAAUUACACGUUACGAGCUACAAAACAAAUGUCUGGCUUUCAAACAGGCACGAUCUUCUCUUUUCUUCCCUGCAACUCUUCUCCGGGUCCUUAGUGUACAAGAGGAAGUAGAGUGCCCUGAGUGGCUGUUUGAUUUAAGUCAAAACUAUGUAAAUACCCGAAAAUGUUUGUUUAGCAACGAUCAACAACAACAGGGGUGUUUCUAUAAUUAUUUCAUUUUCAAUAAAUUUGCAAACAUUUCUAAACUUGUUUUCACUUGGUCAUUAUGGGGUAUUGUGUGUAGAUGGGUGAAGGGAAAAAAUUAUUUAAUCCAUUUUGAAUUCAAGCUGUAACACAAUGUGGAAUAAGUCAAGGUGAAUGAACACUGUAAAUAGUAGAAAAAUAGUAAUCUUUAAACAUACCAAUGUUUACAUGUUUUGUAUUGCAACAGUUGUGAAAGAAUGACAUACAUGAAUAAUUCACCAAAAAUUGUUAGGCAUCUGUGAUAAGUUGAUGUAAUAGAUCUAUUAUUCAGGUUCCCCUAGUACCCGAGUCCUUGAUUGAUGAACCUGACAAGGAAUCAUCUAACAAUUCAAAAUAAUAUCAGACGUGAGUCAUAUUUGAAAUAUUGAAUUAUCUUUCUCUCUAUGCCAGGCUAUGAAGACAAAUGACAUUGACUCCUGAGGUGUUGAACUGUUGCUCAUAGCAACCCUGCUUAUUAUCUAUGAACGUUGGAACAUCUUGAAUAUCGAUAAGGCCUCAAUGGUCACAUGUACUAUUAAAUCUGCACCAAGGACAGCUAGAAAGGACUAGCCACCCCCCAGAGCCUGGUUCCUCUGCACCCAGCACAGCUAGAAGAGGACUAGCCAUCCCCCAGAGCCUGGUUCCUCUCCACCCAGCACAGCUAGAAGAGGACUAGCCACCCCCCAGAGCCUGGUUCCUCUGCACCCAGCACAGCCAGAAAGGACUAGCCACCCCCCAGAGCCUGGUUCCUCUCCACCCAGCACAGCUAGAAGAGGACUAGCCACCCCCCAGAGCCUGGUUCCUCUGCACCCAGCACAGCUAGAAGAGGACUAGCCACCCCCCAGAGCCUGGUUCCUCUCCACCCAGCACAGCUAGAAAGGACUAGCCACCCCCCAGAGCCUGGUUCCUCUGCACCCAGCACAGCUGGGUAUUAUUAUGUUACAGGUGAGACAUACCCAGAAAUGGUCAACGUCUUGUCGAGCUCUCAAACCCAGGCCUUAUGGAUAAACCCUCAAAACGACUACAUUAGCUUGGAGCUGAAAGUGAGUGGUAUUGGGGAAAAAAGCUCUCUCAGACCCAGACAAUCAUGUUGCUCCAAUUUACAAGAAUGGGUUUACAGGGCAGUGAUGAAAGCAGUUUGAGCUCUACACAGCAUUGGGAAUUCAAACAUAAAAUUAUACUUAAUCCAAUUACACAUUCAAUACUGUUUCAAAAACAUGCACUAAAGCAUGUCAAGAUAAAUAUAAUUACUUCAAGGUUUCGCAAACAUAACUGUCUAGUUGAUGUUUUACCGACUAACACCCUGCUGAGUUUCCUAUUUACUAAAGAACAAUCAUUCAGAAAAAACACAAGUUGUAAUAUCUGUAUAUAUGUCAUACUAUAUUGAAAACAUACUGAAAGUGUAUGUUGAUGUGAUAAGACCAUUUUAUUCAGGUCAAUUUAGGAUAACUAUUUAUUUUACUUAAAUGUUUGUAUUUAUGUUGUCUUAUACCAUGCUAAUACGUUACCAAGUAGAUUUGGAGUGAACCCCAAAACUGGCGUCUCUUUUUGGAUCAAGAUUUGAUCCAGAAUACCAAAAGGCAUGAUCAGAUCCUCUUCCCUAUUCAGGCAUCAAUAAAUGCACAGCCACAUGUACUUCUAAGUAAUUGAGGCCAGAGAUUGCUAUAUUUGCUAUAUUCUAAUUCAAAUCAUAGACCCAUAAGAUAACACAUGACCAAAUCAAUGCAUGGUCCAUAUAGAAUUAAAACAACAUUAUUCUUAAUGAGAAAUAUGAUCUAAUAAACAAAUGUUUGCAUAACCAAACAUAGGAUGUUCCCCCAUGAUGGAAGGGUGGCAUGACUGAAAACGUUUGGGAAGCACUGAUCUAGCUAAUAAGCACAAAUACAGAUGGGCAUGUUUCAGCCUAUUCAUGUAUAGCCACUAUGCUGCAUCAGUUGGGUUACAGGUGAUAAUGCAGUAACACUUUAUUUGAAUAGUUCAUCUGUAGAUGCUCUUCAGACUAUCAGUAACAUUUCAACUAACCAGUGUUGGGGAGUAUUAAACUAUAUGCGGUUCAACUAGUAAUUGAACUACAUUUUGCAUCAG